AUGACUCAAGGCAAGGUGUCAGUGGCCAACAAGUCAAACAAUGGCUCAUAUGGAGAUGCCAUGCCCCCACAUCCUCCAAGUUAUCAGGAGGCCACUGCAGGAGACAGCAGCCCCUGCUACAGUGGAGCUUACAGUGGUGAUGGUGACAUGCUCACAGAAUUUAGCUGGGAUGACCAAAAUAUCCGACGGGUAUUCAUCCGCAAGGUGUAUGCUAUCUUACUGAUACAGCUUUCUGUCACUCUAGCUAUUGUGGCUCUCUUCACAUUCUGUGAGCCUCUGAAGACAUAUAUUCAGACCAACCCCGGAUGGUACUGGGCCUCAUAUGCAGUGUUCUUUAUCACAUACCUGACUCUCUCAUGCUGCUCUGCACCAAGGAGGAAGUUUCCAUGGAAUCUGAUUCUUCUGGCAAUAUUUACACUGUCUCUCUCAUACAUGACAGGGAUGCUGUCCAGCUUUUACAACACAAAGUCUGUGAUGAUUUGCCUUGGCAUUACAGCUUUGGUUUGUCUGUCAGUUACAAUCUUCAGCUUCCAAACAAAGGUUGAUGUGACUUCAUGCCAGGGCGUACUGUUCAUCUUCAGCAUGACUCUGUUAAUCUGUGGUCUCGUCCUGGCCUUUGUCCUGCCCUUUGGAUAUGUUCCAUGGCUCCAUGCUAUCUAUGCAGCCCUGGGAGCAAUCCUAUUUACCAUGUUUCUAGUUUUUGACACACAGCUGCUGAUGGGAAACAAGCGUUACACCAUAAGCCCUGAGGAGUACAUCUUUGCAUCACUCAACAUUUAUUUGGAUAUUGUCUAUAUCUUCACCUUCUUCCUCCAGCUGUUUGGCACAGAGCGGGAUUGA